CCGUGACCAUGACCUCGACUCCAGGCCGCCCCUCUGCUCCCCGCGCCUCCCCGUCUUCCGCCGAGCCGCCCGCCUCCUCUCCAACUCCGGCGCCGACCUUCGCCGCCGCCCCGUCGCCGGUGCGCCUCGCCACAGCCGCCUUCCUCCGCAGCAACCCAGUGCCGCCGCCCAUGGAGCUCCUGCCUCCGCUGCCGUCCGUCCGCGCGGCCGCCCCACUUCAUCUCCGCCUUGAUCCGAUGCCGCCGGACCCGCUCUUCUCCUGGCCUCCUCGCUGCCGAACCGUGGGUUCUCCUCAGGCCAUCGCGCGCCCGUCGCCCUCGCCUUCUCUCUUCUUCCCCUUUCCGUUCUGGUUCUCUGAAUAUCUCUCUCUCUGUCCUUGCCUCGAACAGGAGCACCAGCCGGCGCCACCAUCAUCAGAGAUGGGCUCCCCCCCCCCGGCCGGAUCCGACGCCCUGGAGACCCGCGCCCCCGCCGGACCUCCUUCCUCCGCGCCAAGUCCGCCCGUCAUCCCCUGUUUCGCCUGGUCCUCGGCCAAGGAGGACGAGCAGCGCUGCUGCCUGCUCGAUCCGCCCGCAUGCGCGCCUCACGCGUUGACCGCUUUCACUCCACGCGCUUGGGCCUCAUCCACAGCGCCAAGGCCCAGCCUCCCCUCGGCCCAUCCGCGCGAACCCAGCUCUGCCAGCCCACUCUUCGGUUUCGUUCCGGAGUUGUGAGGAUUCGUUCGACUCCGUCCGCUUGUCUUCUUCAUGGACUCGUUCUUCUUCCUUGCGGGGUCUCAG